CUGAAGCCUCUCUUGAACUUCGGCACGCGCGUGUCAGGCAGUUCCUCAACUUACCUUCGCCUUCACCCUGCCCAUUGUUCUGUAUUACUAGCAUCAUCUUCUCUCUUGAUCUUAUCUUCAUGAUCCUUUCAUACUAUUCGGAGCAAGCAAGCUGUCCUAAGCAGCCGAGAUGACGGACAAACUCCCUCACAACCUUCUCGCCCUAUUUCAACCGCGACCACCUCUUAAAUACAUCCCGCCUCAAGACGCUGCACCCGAUGAGCGAGCUGUCAAAGUAUCGCAGCUCUCUGGGAUAGCUGCAUUCCUUCCCAAGCUCGAAGAGUACAAACAAACAGACGUGCAUCAUCCUACAGAAUCGUGGCUGCAACAGCGUGAUCGAAAGCGACUGGAGAAGACCAAGUGGCUGGAAGAGAUCAAGAAGGAUGAUUUCCAAGGCUACAAGCCUAAUGAAGACCCCAAAAUCAAAGGUGAUGCGGCGAAGACUUUGUUCAUCAGCCGUCUGAGCUACGACGUCAAAGAAUCAGACUUGGAACGUGAGUUUGGAAGGUUCGGUCCCAUCGAAAGAAUACGACUUGUCAAGGAUGAGACGAGCCCCAAGCCCAAGAAGCCACAUCGAGGCUAUGCGUUCAUCGUGUACGAACGUGAAAAGGAUAUGCGAGGUAAUUCUCUCCGUGCACUUCUUUUCCUCUCCCAGCCACCCAUUCUUGCUGCACCUUCAGAUUUCAUGGUAAGAAAUCAUCAGACUGACCCGGACGCCUCGUUGCUCUCUCUAGCCGCCUACAAAGAAUCAGAAGGUAUGCGAAUCAAGGAUCGAAGAAUCGUUGUCGACGUCGAACGUGGCCGUAUGGUGCCUGGCUGGAGACCAAGAAGAUUUGGUGGUGGCCUGGGUGGACGUGGAUACACAAAACAAGCGCCUGCAAAGCCUACAUUUGGAGCUCCUCAGGCCGGAUUUGGUGGCGGCUUCAGAGGAGGCUUCGGUGGCCGUGGAGGUUUCCGUGGUGGCUUCCGUGGUGAUCGAGGUGGAUAUGGUGACCGAGGCGGAUAUGGGGGGCGGGGUGGCAUUGGCUACCAAGGAGGCGGUGGUUUCGGUGGCCGACAAGGAGGCUAUCAAAGUGGACCUCCGCCGCCAAAUGCACCUAGCGGACCGGGAGGUAGAGGUGGGUAUGGCGGAGGUUACGACGACCGACGCAACGGUUAUGGAGGCGAUCGAGGAGGUGGUUCAGGAAGCAAUCAAGAUCCUCUUGGAGGGCGAGACCGGGGCUAUGACCGCGACCGCGACCGAGAUCGAAACCGAGAUCGUGAUCGUGACCGAUAUGCCGGAGGCAGACGCGAAGACGACUAUGGCUCGAGAAAGCGGUAUCACGAAAACGAUGGGCACGACGACCCCAGACAAAGACGGAGGUAUUGAACACAACUCACACAUGCGUGUUCAGCGUUUGUUGCAACAUUCUCAUCACGGUUGGUUGGUGGGUAUUCUAUGCUGCUUGUAUUCAAACCAUAUUUUCGGGUCUACCCCUUUGCUUCCUACGCCAUGGUAAGAAGCCAUCGAGUCGCCAGCGAUGCACGAUAAAACAGCCAGGUGCAUGCAGAAGUGACAUGCAUUCAACGAACUCUUCGGUUCCUGCAACAGUCGCGAUGCAAAAGCGUCGUGAGUCAUAAGGAGCUCUUAUGAUUGAGCCUUCAAUUCUAGUUGCUGGAUCGGAGUGGAAACCUGUGAUCCCCAGAAACUUCGAAGGACUGCUCGCCACAGCAAAUGCAGGCUAUCAAGCAAACUCAAGAAUGCCCUGUGCUUCGCCUUGGACAAUGUAUUGCUGAUUCAUACCUGGCCAUGACCGGGACCGGUAAGACCAAAGUACUGUAACAUAGUUCAUAACCCACCGAAGAAAGUUUCGUUUAUACUCGAGUUAUCUUGAGGGUGUGGCCUUCAAACAGCGUAACGUCCAUGCAAGAGUGAUGUUGAUAGCAGCUCGAGGCUGAGCGCUGAGUUCAGGACGACAAAUGGUCAAUGCUGUUCCUCCUGGAAUUAGAGUACAU